AUGGAUCUCGCGAGCGGGAGGCGGAGGACAGCGCGUUGCUCCGCGGGGAUAAAGCUCCGCAGUGACGGACUCGAUGAGUCCCAGAGCCGAGCGCUGGCUGCGCGGCACCGCGGGAGGGAGGGGGCGUGCCUACAGCUGGCCCGCCGGAGGGAGGGGCCGGGGCCGGCGCUGGCGACAGGAACCCGCGCAAGCGCAGAAUGCCCACGGCCGCGCCCUCCCGCGCGCACCACGGCGACACCCGGGCGACCCUCGGAGAGGGCACGGACGUCGCGCCGCGCUCCCGGGGCGCUUCAGUUGCGCCCACGGCCAACGCACCGGCACCGGCCGACAGGUGCCACGGCCUCUGGACGUUUCUCGCGCCUUCUCGGGAAUGGAACGCUUAGAGAAGCACAGGUCCACACCGAAAACACCAGGCGGCAGUGCUCCGUGUGCACGGCUGGAAGGUCUCGCGCGACUCUGCGGCCAGCGUCCCGGCCCUCGCCCCCUGGACGCCUGGGAGCCAAGAGAGGGACGCGCCCCGCCCCUCAGAGCCGCAGCGGCGCGCACGCGACGCAGUGGCGCCCAUUGGGCAGCAGGGGAGUCCGUCAAGGGCGAGGGGCGGGAAUUCCGUUCAAUCUGAGUAUGGUCAUUGGCGACGACAGGCGAAGAGGAGGCCGGAUAGGCGGGCGGGGCGGAGCUUCCCGUGGGCGCCUCUGGAGGCUGAGAGGAGCGACGGAAGCGGAGGCGGGGAGCGAGGCAGCUUUGGGCUCCGGCGGGCGGAGGCGAGGGAGCUCCCGCCCCGCCCCGCCCCGCCCCUCUGCCGCCUCGGCCCCGCCUUCGGCGCCUGCGGAUCCUCGGGCGGGCCCUGCGGGGCGGGCAGGCGCCGAGUCCCUUUUCGGCGCAGGCCGGUGGUCGCUGUCCUCCCCCGGGGACUUGGCGGACAGGCGUCCCCCGAGACAGGGGAUUUUAGAUUUCGUGUCAUCUGAGGCUCCAGGCUUUCCUGACGGCUUCUGGGGGCUCUUGUCCGUUUGCUUCCUUCUGGCUCACACCGUGUCUUGCCCCCUGGAUGCCGGGCACCAGUUCCGACUGCUGGGUAACAGUGGUCUCACGGGUCCACCCUGGAGCGUGCUGGGGAGGGCGCCAUGCUCAGGGUGGAGGCUGUUCCUGCGUGCUGCGAGUCAGAAGCGCCCCGAGGUGCUUUCGGAGCACGUGGACACCUGUGUCAGCUGCUGGAGGCCCCGAGAGGGAGGGCCGCCUCAAGAAGCGGCAGGCCACCUCCUGGGGCUGACACUGGCCGGGGGCCUGCAUUUCUGAGGGCGGAGCGUGCUUUGACAUCCUGAAAGAUUUGCAACACCCAUCACAGAGAACCCCAAGAAGGGAGACUCUGCCACAGAGACCCCGUGUGCCCCACAGGGUCUGCGCCGUGUGCUCUCUGGCCCUUCAUGGAAGUCCUUCCCAGCCCCGGUCCGGGAGUCCCGAUCCUACAUCCCCAGGAGCCAGCGGGAGGCCCGUUCUGGUCACCACAGCCCCUUCACGGUGUGAGUGCCCCACGCCAGCCUGGGUGGCAGGAUGUGCCCUCCCCCACCAGGGGCUCAUUCCUGACCCCGCCCUCUCUCUGCCCCAGGUGGGGCAACCUAACCUCGCUCUGCAGGCAGAGGAGGCCUCUCCUUCCCCCAUGCAGCCCUGAAGGGGAGGGGCUGGGGCAGGGAGGGGUGUGCUGUGUUGCCAUGGUGAAGGCAGAGCGGCUCCUUUUUUCCGUGACAUGACGUGUAGGGUUGCUGGAUCCUGGGCUGGGGGCUGGGGGGUGGGGGCAGUCCCUGGCCUGGGGGGUGGGAUGUGGAGGGCCAGGUGGGUUCCGGAAGGGGCCCCGGGAGGACCUUGGCAUCUCGUUUCCCUGGAGACGUGCCCCAUCCUUCCCCCUGGGACUGGCAGGUGACUUCCUGAUGACGCUCUCUCUCUCGCUCGCUGGCUCUCUCGCUCUCUUGCUCUCCCGGCGGCAGCGGCGGCUCUGAAUUGAAUUUGUCACCGAGGUUCUGUGGGCGGCGAGUGCCUUUCCUGUUGGCCGCCAUCGCCUCUGGGCAAUACGGGGGCCCUUGGUGACAGCUCCUCCUGGCCCCUUCCAAAGCCGCCCGGCUCUCCUUGAACUGGAGGAGAGCAGGUUGCCGGGCCUUCCCUGAAGAAUGUGUUCCUGGCAGGUGGGGACAGCCCCUCCCCCAGGGUGUUGGGUAGAGGGUCCUGGGGUACCUUAGGACACGGUCAGGCCCCCUGAACCCCCACGCUCCUGGGCCAUCUGCCUGCUGGCUGUCCUCUGUAACCCCGUUCUCCCCUGAACUGAGGCUCCGGCCUGGUGCCCCGGGAAAGAACAGCGAGGAGGGCCGACUCUCCCUGCUGUGGGGGCCUUGGGGGCCUGGACGGGGACUGCGUUCUCCCUCCCCUGGCUGCCCAGCGCCCUCGCUCAGGGAAUGCUCUUCCAGCAGCCUAUUUCACAGAUGGGCACGGUCACGACAGCAGCCAGACCCUGCCCCGGCCCGUGCACCCACCUGGACGGAUCGGCGCCCUCCUGGACUUACUGGCUCCCUUGAGGGUCCCAAAGGAGCUGCCCCCGAGCACCCUGGGGGACUCCGGACCCCUCAGGCCGUGGCAGCUACCUGAGGUCCUACCCAGGCAGGACCCAGGGGCCUCUGGGUGCAGAGCUGCCGCUGCCUGGCUCGUGAGCCCAGGGCUUCUCCAGCUGUCCCCUGUCGGGGGGGGCCUCCACUCCUGCUCUGGAUCAAGGUCCUGCCCCCAGGGAGAGCUGGUGCCUUCGGGGACCGGGCCCUGGUUGCAGUUGGAGAGUGGGCCCAGGGACUGUGCUCCUCUUGGCUGCUGCCCUGCCUCCUGGGGGCCUCCCCAGACCCCCGGCUGCUGUCAGCUGGGGCUGGGGGUCCUCUGGCCUAGGGGAUGUCCCGGUUUGGGAGUGCCCUGCCCUGGACACUGUGUCCGAGGAGGAUACAUGCUUGCCCUUUGUUGGGGUCCAGGCACAGAGUGAGGGGCACUCGGCCCUACCACCUGUGUCUCUGAAAGCCCUGGCUGGGUAUGGCGCCUCUUCGGAGAGAUCCUGCCUCGGGCCUGCCCCCUGCCCCAUCCCCCCGCCCCACGAAGCUUGGGGCCCUGGUCGGUCACCUCCUGGCCACCACCUGCUGCUGUCCUAGCCUCAGCUGGGCCCUGCAAGCUGUCCGUGUGCCGGGGACACCCAGCCCCUCUGUGGGUGUUUGCAAACACCCCCACAGUGAUGUCUGGGGGCCUCUCUGGGCCUUUGUGUGCCGAGUUGGGGGUGGGUGGUGGCGGGGGUCUUCCCAUAGUCACCUGCUUCCUGUCCUCCUCAGCCCCAGGUCAGGGGGUACCCUGUCUGCUUGGUUUCCAGCCUCAGCCCCUCCCUGUGCUGGGCCAGUCCCCUAAGCUUCCCGGGCAGAUUCCCAGGUCCGCCCGGAGGAGCCCGGAGCCCUGGAGUGGAGCCCAGGCCUCCCUGUGCUGGGGACCGCACUGGAACCCCGAGGGACUCCUGGCCAGGGUUCCCAACAGUGUCUGAGUGCUGGACUCAGUCCCUGGCCAUAGAUUUCAGGGAGCCCCACUCUGAGGGGCUGUUGCUUCCCUUUCGUCUCCAGGCCCCCUCCCAGUUUCCUGGGAGAGCGGGGAUGGGGCUGUCAGGAGGCAGAAGGGAAGGUUGGGGUGCCAGGGGUGUGGCUGGGGCGAGGGAAGGUCAGCUGGGCUACCCCCCUCCCUGCCCUCCUUGGACUCAGUCCAAACACAUUCUCCAGAUUGGGGGCCUGUGCACCCUUCAUGUCCUAGUAGCCUGGCGGGUCCUCCUGGGUCUUCCUCGGUGUGGCUGGGUCCACAGGCCAUAAGCCCCAGCAGGGUGGGGGCCUGUGCUCCUGUUUUUGCUCCUACUUGCCCGGCCUCCCCAGGGAGGCCAGGACCAUGCUGAUCUCUUUCCCUGCUGCCUGCCUGCCUCCAGCUCACUGCCCAGCGAGGACUGUGGCCUCCUGCCAGGGCCGGCCCCAGGAGCCUGGAUCCCCCCAGUUUAUCUUCCACCCUUGCUGCCCCACAUGUGUCCCUGCAGCCUGGGUAUCAUCCGGAAGGUUGGGGGAUGGGCACCCCUGGUUCCCCUAGCCCAGCCCCAGGGCGGUUCUCCCAGUGGCCCUGCCAGGCAUGGACUUGGGAGAGGAUGCGAUGGAACCGCCACAGGAAGCUGGCAGGAGACUCCGGGUGCCUCGGGGCAAGAGGGGGCGCCCCAAAGGUUCAGAGUCCUGGGCACACCGUGCGCUGAGCCGACGACAGGUCAGGGCCUCAGGGGCACCUGUCGUCCUCCCCACUGGCACUGGAUCUUUCUGGGCCUGGCUCUGCUGCCUCCCACCCCCGUUCAGCUGGUGGCUUCUAGAGGCUUCCAGAGCGUGCUUGGCCCCUUUGCCUCUAUGCCGUUGGGCCCAGUGGGAGCAGUAGAGUGGCCAGGGCUGGGGGUGGGACUAACCCUUUCUGUAUCUUGCUUGCUCGUGUCUCCCAGUGAGUGGAUGCAUGCCCUGAGCCUGGGGCCAGCAGCCCAGCCCCAGUCGGAAAUAAAUGCGAUUCUG